GUCCACUCCUCCGCGUCUGUGAAACCAAACGGGAAGUCCAUUGCUACCUCCGCGACUGUGAUGAAACCUAACGAGAAGGCUGCUGUUUCGUCCGCCAAUCCGAUGAACCCAGAGGCUGCUAACGCUCUCUCCCCCCCCCCGUGCCGACCAAGUGAUGUUGUUCAGAGAUGUUUCACCCGGCCCACGCGAAGCUGACCUGAGGUUUCGUUUGAUUCACUUCUGGGAGGCUUGCAAUCCAAACACGAAAACCCUGAUUGGACAAGAAAUGCUCCUUAUCGACGAAGAGGGAACCGUGAUUCAGGGUUUUGUCCCAGCCGGACGUGUUGGGAUAUUUGAUCUGGUAGCUGGUUCUGUGUAUAACUUGAGCAACUUUUUCGGAUCCAGGAGCAAAGAGCAAUAUCGGGUUGCUGAUCAUGUCGCCACCGUAUCAUUUUCUUGGAAUUCUUCUUUGUCGGUGCUUGAGAACCCUCCGGUUUUGAUUCCAGACGAUAGGUUCAGGUUCCACAGCUAUGAAGAGUUUAGGGCCAACUGUGACUCUAGGGGUGAUCUUUAUGACAUAAAGGGGGACAGUUAUAUCUUCUCAGGUUCGUUUCUUGGAGCAGAAGGUAGUAGUAGUAAAGAUAAAACUCCACUUUUGAUAUUUUUUGUUUACGAUACUUCCAAAAUUUAGGAAAAUUUUGAUUUGAUUGUUCCAAUUGUCUCAAAUGAUGCAGUGUGCAGAUGCUUGAAGAGGAGGUGAGAAUCAGAAGAAACUAAACGCUCACGUAUUGUAAAUACGCACACACGUUUAGCCAUAACUAACACCCACCAUUAAUCAUCACCAUGGAGAACCAUCACACGAGCAGUGAUCCAAAAAAGACAGGAUUGACUUUGCGCUCCAUCUAUAUGCACCACUCUAUUUGCAUUGUUUUUUUUUCUUUGUUGAUGUUUUUGGAUUUAAGUUUCCUUUAGUCAUAUAGAAUGACUCCCUGUUUUGAAACAAAGUGGAAGAAAAAAUGAUUUUAAUCAUUCAUUUUUUUUUCUGCUUGAA